CAGGUCCUAAAACAAAACAUUUCGGGUUUGGCCCCUCGAUCCGUCCGUCCGCAGCACGCCGCCGCGACAGAACCAUCUCCCUCGCUCUGCCGCCGCCGCCACCCCCCGGCCGGCCGAGUCAAUCCCGCAUGGCGGCUGCCACGGCGGCGGAGGAGGAGGAGGCGCGGCUGCUGCGCCUGGAGGAGCAGGCGGAGCACGGCGGCGGCGGCGCAUGGGAGUACCUCUGCCUCGCCCGCCGCCUCCAAGCGCCCCGCCCCGCCCACGUCCUCCGCGUCGGCCUCGCCCUCCUCAGCGACGACUCCGCGCGCUCCAGCCUCGGCUCAGAACAGUGGACUCUUUAUGAGCAGGUUGCCGUGGCAGCCAUGGAUUGCCAGCGUCUCGAUGUGGCAAAGGACUGUAUUGGAGUCCUCUCAAAGCACCUUACUGGGAGUACCCUAGAUGAUCCCCCCGAGUGUCCGGUGUGCCUCUCCCCAUUUGACGCCACCUCUGUUGUGCCGCGUGUCCUCUCGUGCGGCCACUCUCUCUGCGGACCCUGCAUCGUUGCCCUGCCGCCCGCCUCCGCCUCCGCCGCUGCGGGCUCCUCCCUCCGUUGUCCUCUCUGCUCCCAGUACGUCCCCUUCUCCCGUGCGCUCGGCCCCUCCUCCCUCCCGAAAAACCUCGCCCUCCUCGCGCUUCUCCCCUCCUCAUCCCCCUCCCCGUCCCACACUCUCGCCGCCACCGCACGUGCUCCCCUCCCUCUCCCACUCCACGCCGCCCACUCCCACCUCCUUUCCCGUUUUCGUCAUGCCGUCCUCCCCGAGUCCGCCUCCCCACUCCACUCCGCGCCCACCCCCGCCUGCCUCGCAUUCGGAUCCCUUGACUCCGACCUCGGUGCGCCCUGGUUCUGCCCGCGGGGCAGCCCCGUCAUCCUCCUCCCGAUUGAGACCUGCCCCGAUGAAGGACUCCCGCCGGCGGUGCAGGAAGCUGAAUUCUACCGGCCCAGCCACACGGCGCGGGUCCUCACCGCGAUCGGCGCGCUCAGCGACGCGGCGAAGGAGGAGCUGGCCGGUCUGAUCGCAUCUUCCGCGCGGUUGGCACGACGGGUGUGCAGGGUCUACGGGGUCUGGAUGGACCCGGAUGCGCCGCCACUGUGGAUGGUCUCUGAACGGCACCCUUGUAGUUUUUCCCAAUUGUUGGAAGAGGAGAUGAUAAAUGGAGAGGAGAUGGUGGCUCAGAUCGGAUUUGUUGUCAUGGAGGUAUGUGAAGUGAUCAUGAGGUUGCAUGGUGAGGGGUUGGCUCUGGGGUGCCUUGGUCUUGAUUGCUUCUGCCUCGACCGAUUUGGGCACUGCCUGCUUGAUUUCAGUCAGGUGUUAGCCUUGUGCCGGGGAGUCCGAGUAGGGGCUAGCUCAUACAAUACCAGGACUUUUAUUGCUCCUGAGGUGGUGGCGGUGCUAGGUGACACAUUGGGAAUGAAGAAUCAUGAUUGUGAUGGUGUCUUUGGGUGUAGUUCGGAUAUCUGGUCGUUGGGUUGUGUAUUGGUGUUACUUCUUACUAGGGAUGAGCAGCUUGUGGCACGAUGGAACUCUGAAGGAUCAUAUGAUGAUUGGGAGAAGGAAGUGGUUACAAGGCUUAAUGCCUCAUUGCUUGGUACACAACUUGAGCCACUGGCUGCAAUUAUAGUGUCAUGCUUGAGCUAUGAUCGAAAAGGCCGACCAGAGAUUGGUGACGUCUGGAAAUGUAUUAGAGGCUUGUUGAUGAAAUCCGGUGAUGUUACUUUAGCUCCUGAUGAUGACUUUUUUGCAUCUCAGAAGAGUUUUAGAUGUUUACUCCUUGGGGAGUUAUCCUCGAUGUUUGCUGAAUCUAGUGCUGUUGAGUCGGAUGGUAAGGCACAACUGUCUCGAGGAGCUGUGGACAACAGUUCAAAUCAGGAUGAUGUAAGUAAUGGUGGUUGCACAAACAAUAGGGCACUUGAUUUGUCAGGAAUUGAUGGUCCACAGUCUGUCGGAAUGUUUAAAUCAUCAACGCUGAUUGCCCACCGUGAUUGUAUAACAGGAUUAGCCAUUGGAGGUGGAUUCUUGUUUAGCUCUUCUUAUGACAAAACUAUCAAUGUGUGGUCACUGCAGGACCUAUCUCAUGUAAAGUGUUUCAAGGGUCAUGAACACAAAAUCACCGCAAUUGUUGUUGUUGACAAUGAGAAUCAUUCUCUUUGUAUAAGUGGAGACAGCGGUAGCGGAAUUUUCAUCUGGCUUAUAGAUUCCACUCUCAAGGAAGAGCCUUUGAAUAAAUGGUAUGAACAUAAUGAUUGGCUCUAUCGAGGGGUUACCUGUUUGGCUGUCUCUAGAAUUGGUUAUCUUUACACUGGUAGCAGAGACAAAUCUAUCAAAGCCUGGUCACUGGAGGAUUAUUCACUUCGCGGCACCAUGACAGGUCAUAAGUCAACUGUAUCUUGCCUUGCGGUGGCCAGUGGUAUUCUUUAUAGCGGAAGUUGGGAUGGUACCAUUCGGUCAUGGUGGCUUACUGAUCAUACACCAUUGUCUGUACUGGAAGAUGAUAUAGCAGGAAGCAUAGCCCCUGUGUUGUCAAUUUCAACAGAAGCCAAUUUUGUUGUUUCAUCUUAUGAGAAUGGCUACUUUAAGAUCUGGAAGAAUGAUGUUCUUGUCAAAUCUGAAAAGCUUCAAAAUGGUGCUAUUUAUGCUGUUAAAUUAAGUGGCAAAUGGUUAUAUAGUGGUGGAUGGGAUAAAGUCAUAAAUAUUCAGGAGUUAUUAGAAGAUGAGUCAGAGGUAGAACUCCAAGACGUUGCCUCCAUCACUUGUGACUCAAUUAUAACUACAAUACUGUCCUGGGAUGAAAGGCUGAUAGUUGGACAAUCCAACAAGGAUAUCAAGGUGUACUACAAGGCGCAAUAAUUUCUUACUCCGCCAGACCACCAGCAUGUCUAUACUGUGAAUAGUUUGAUGUACAGUAAACGUGAGAUAAAGGAUUGAUGGAAAUAGAAGAAAAACCCUCCUUUUGACGGUACAACAGUGUGUCAAUUGGAAAGAAACAGCAGUUUUUUUUGUUUUUUUUUGGCGAGUAAGGAAAGAAGCAACAGUUAGAUAGCUUGUUGUAAGAAGUGAUAUAUAUAAAUGAUGUUGUAUAUUUUCUUCAAAUCUUCUGGAGUAGAAUAAACGUUAAAAGCACAAUGUCUGGUUCGUGGGCCCCAUAUCACACAAAAUGUAAUUUAGGCUAUCUUACAAAAAUUGUUUUGAGCAGUAUGGAAUGCGUCUUGUAUGAUCACUUAGGAAGUGCAGUAAUAUCUAGGCUACUAAA